AAUGUACACUGCAAGAACCCUAAGAUUCAUUUUGGUCGUCGCCACCGUUCCAAGUUUCUUGGUCAUUUUUGGAUACCCCAACGAAGGAUGGACGCUGGUAAUGAAGUAUGCCCAUGGGCAAGACAUGGGAGGAGCGAAAAAUCUGUUAGACCUUUGGACAGGCAACCACACAGUUAACGAAGGGGAUGAGGAGGCCAUGUCCAUAGCAUCUGACAGUAAGACCUACAAGUCUUCGAUCGUUGACGACUGGACUAACUACAGCCUAAGUGCAGUUCGAGUGUCGUUUGUGACCGGUGGUACGGAGAAAGCAUACGUCGUAUUUGAUGCUCUUGGUUCUAACAAGACGAAUUGGUUUAACAAAUACAGGAUUCUGUAUUCAUCAUGGAAUGACCUUAAUUCACAAUCAACAACAAAUUAUGAUUCUAUUUAUGGGUAGGUAUUCACAAACCUCCCCAGUCUGACGACCAAUGUAAUUUUUUUUAAACUAAAAUAACCCCCACUUAAUGAAAGAUAUUGUUAUAUCAACAAAAAGUUAAUGCACACGCAAUUACUACACGCCAAUUCAUGUCAUUGUAGAAACAACUAAAACCAGGGCUGUUUCAUUGCAACAAUGCUGGUUCAUAUGUUGCUAACACAGCAAUACCACUAUUUAAAUAUCGAAGGUCGGAAAUAAAGCAAACAUUCUUCACAGAACAUAAAGACUUGAUCGUAAUAUCAUCUACUUCUUGUCCUUAUCUAAAGGCUUGUCAAUCAUAUUUUGCCAUUUCUACAUUGACUUUUAGCUAGUAUAUUGAAUUCGUUUAAAUGUCACAAACAGUCAAGUAAUAUUGGAUGUUUGGUUGUCAUUGGAAUGAAGUUAUUACAUAUAUUGUGAUAUUUUCUUUAUUAUGUUAAUUAUUGAUUACAUGUUUAUCCAAUUGCUGGCAAAUCGGGAUUUUGCA